AUGAGUCGACUCACUACGCUAUCACAACGUAAUCCAACCCAUCAAUCAAAUACACCUUCGCCAGUCCUUUAUCCACCUUCUGGACCUUCGUCAGGUAGAGUAUCGCCCUUCCCUAGACCUGGUUCAUCUGCAAGUCAAUAUUCAGAAUCACCGUAUGGAGGAGGAAUGAAUAGUGCGAAUGGCGGACCUGGAUCAGGAGCAGGCGCAGGAUAUGGAUCAGGAGCAGGCGCAGGAUAUGGAUCAGGAGUAGGCGCAGGAUUGGGGGGUGGUGGAUAUACGAGGAAUACACACGAGGUCGAAGGUCAAAACGAUGAGAGAUUAGAAGGGUUAUUAGGCAAAGUCAAGAUAUUGAAAGAUAUAACGGUCGGAAUAGGAAGUGAAGUGAGGGAUAGUAAUGUAUUAUUAGGCAAUAUGAACGACUCAUUCUCUUCAACAUCUAAUUUCCUAGGUGGUACAUUUCGUCGUAUGAAUAAAAUGGCAAAGAGACAAGGUGGGAAUUGGUGUUGGUUCAUGGGUUUUUUAUUGGUCGUACUAUGGAUCUUCGUAGUGGUUUGGUGGUUAAGGAGAUGA